AUGCUGACCAGCAUCACCGAUGGGAUACUGUGCUGCCUGACUGGAAAGGCCACCAGUCUUGUCUUGCCCUUGGAGUCCUCUGAGCCCUCUGAUGGCUUUGAGUUUGUGGAGGUCAAGCCUGGGAGAGUCCUGCGGAUGCGGCACAUCAUCCCUGAGCGCCACCCGGUACUAUCAGAAGACCACCUGGCCGCGAAGAAGACUGAUGGUGAUGGCAACGUUGAGGAUGCUAAUAAUGAGAGUAUUUGUAUCCCUGGAAGCAUUGUUCACUGCAAGAGGAAGAUCACGGUUUACCGCAACGGCCAGCUGGUGAUUGAGAAUUUGGGUGAUGUUCUGCACUCUGAAAUCCUGCAGUGCCAGGACGGAGACCUGGAGCCAUGUAGCACCGUGGAGGUAGAGCUGGCUGACUACAAGGAGAUGGCUUCAUCUCCGGACCCCAACCCGGUUCCUCCCCCUGUUCCUCCUCCCCCUGGGGAACAGAAACCUGCUCCACCCCCUCGCCGUCGCCGCCGCAAGCCCAAGCGUACAGUAGUCAUUGACUCAAAGAGGGAGAUCUCUAGCUGCAAAGGCACACACUCAGAUGUGGCAUUGUUCUUCGUGCAUGGUGUCGGAGGCUCCCUGGACAUUUGGGGCAGCCAGUUGGACUUCUUCUCUCGGCUGGGCUAUGAAGUAAUUGCGCCUGACCUGGCAGGGCAUGGAGCCAGCACUGCCCCACAGAUCGCAGCCGCUUACACUUUUUAUGCCCUGGCAGAGGACCUGCGUGCCAUCUUUAAGAGAUAUGCUCGUAAACGCAACAUUCUUAUUGGUCACUCCUACGGGGUGUCAUUUUGCACCUUCCUAGCCCAUGAAUAUCCUGACCUAGUCCAUAAGGUGGUGAUGAUCAAUGGCGGUGGUCCCACAGCUCUGGAGCCCAGCCUCUGUUCUAUCUUCCAGCUGCCUUCCUGUGUCCUUCACUGUCUAUCCCCCUGUCUUGCUUGGAGCUUCCUCAAAGCUGGAUUCGCCCGACAAGGUACCAAAGAGAAGCAGCUGCUGAAGCAGGGCAAUGCCUUUAAUGUGUCUCCGUUCGUCCUGCGUGCCAUGAUGAGUGGACAGUAUUGGCCUGAGGGAGAUGAGGUCUACCAUGCCGAGCUCACUGUGCCCAUCCUUCUGGUGCAUGGCAUGUGUGACAAGUUUGUCCCCAUGGACGAGGACCAGCGAAUGGCAGAGAUCCUCCUUUUUGCGUUCCUAAAAGUCAUUGAGGAGGGAAGUCACAUGGUCAUGAUGGAGUGUCCUGACACUGUCAAUACCCUUUUGCAUGAGUUCUUCCUAUGGGAGCCUGACAUGUCCAAAAAGGACUGUGCCAAAAUAGACAGAGAGAAACCUCUUAUUGUCAGUGACACUAUUCAGACACUAAAAGUAAACAAGCCCUUGGUCAAAUAA